AACAUAGCAUGUUGUAGUCAAGCUCCUAUUCGUGUCGCAGAUCACGUUCUCAACACUUGUCUCUUAUUUCGAAUGCGCUCGAGGAAUCAACUUUUUUUUUUUUAAUUGAUCAAUUAAUCAAAUAACUAAUUAUUCAUACUUAUUUUGCAAAAGACUUUGUGUAUUUUACUAGUAAAUUAAGAUCAAGGUGGACCAACUUGAUCUUUCAGGCUGCAGACUGCAGAGGUGCACCUCCACGGGCGCGCGCACACACAUAUAUACGCACACACUCAUACGCAGGCACACGCGCACACAUAUACACACUCAUGCGCUCGCGCGGCGGCAGGCUGCGAUCCUUCUAAUGCAAAUUCGCCGCAUUUAAUUGCUGAGAUUUUCGGACAUAUUUGGAGACAUCUUUGGAGACGUCCGGUCCGAAUCCGCAUUGGUAAAGUAAACAACCAGCUUUGGAGUGGAUUUGUGCAGAGCCAUGCACAUCUGAUGCGAUGCUGUCAGAGUCGGACGCGGCGAGAGGUUGACACACGGCGACGGACUGCUUGGAAAGAAAACCAAAAAUGCAUUGAUCAGUGCAUUGGUGCAUCCGCUAAUGUGCAAAUGGAGUGAAGAAACUUUGAGCUAGAUGCUGAAAUUCGUGUCCAGGGUUUGGACUGAAGAGAAGCCAAACGACUUCUGAGAUUUAUUUCUGCACCAAGUUGUGUUGAUGAAGCGCCUGGUCGCGAUGAGCUCUACUGUGUCACCAUGAAGCUCCUGCGGUUCAUUAUUUUGUGCGGAUUUCUCAACACACACAUCUAUGGAUCUCGUAUCCGCCAGGAGGACUAUCCCCCGCGGAUCGUGGAGCACCCAUCAGACCUGAUCGUGUCGAAGGGCGAGCCGGCUACGCUGAACUGUAAGGCCGAGGGCCGUCCAGCACCCACUGUCGAGUGGUAUAAAGACGGCGAGCGCGUGGAGACAGACAGGGACAACCCACGCUCACACCGUAUGCUCCUGCCCAGUGGCUCGCUCUUCUUCCUACGCAUCGUGCACGGCCGCCGCAGCAAACCCGACGACGGCAGCUACGUGUGUGUGGCCAAGAACUACCUGGGGGAGGCGGUCAGCCACAACGCUUCACUGGAAGUCGCAUUCCUGCGUGAUGAUUUCCGGCAGAACCCUCAGGAUGUGGUGAUAGCAGUAGGAGAAUCGGCUACGUUGGAGUGUCAGGCUCCUCGGGGCCACCCGGAGCCCACCACCUUCUGGAGAAAGGAUAAAGCUCGACUCGACCUCAAAGACGACCGGAUUACCAUCCGAGGUGGGAAGCUGACCAUCUCCAACACCCGAAAGAACGAUGGAGGGAUGUACGUGUGUGUGGCAACCAACAUGGUGGGAGAAAGGGAGAGCGAGAUGGCUCAGCUGUCUGUAUUUGAGCGGCCGACGUUCGUGCGCAGGCCCGUGAACCAGGUGGCGCUGGUGGACGAGAGCAUAGAGUUCAGAUGCCAGGUGCAGGGAGAUCCCCCUCCGUCACUACGCUGGAGGAAGGACGAAGCAGAGAUUCCCCGCACCAGGUACGAGAUGAAAUACGAAAAGGACGACUUUGUCUUACGGAUUAAGAAAGUGUCUUCUGGGGACCAGGGAAGCUUCACGUGUGUCGCCGAGAACCGGGUGGGCAAACUCGAAGCGUCGUCUACGCUUACAGUCAGGGAGGCACCCCAGUUUGUCGUGCAGCCCAGGGACCAGAUUGUGAUGCAGGGACGCACUGCUACCUUCCCGUGCGAGGCCAAGGGAAACCCGCAGCCUGCUGUGUUCUGGCAGAGAGAGGGGAGCAAGGACCUGCUUUUUCCGAAUCAGCCUGCUCAGGCAGGAAGUCGCUUCUCGGUGGCUCAGAAUGGAGAUCUGAGCAUCGCUUCAGUCCAGCGCUCAGACGCAGGCUACUACAUCUGCCAGGCUCUCACAGUGGCUGGCAGCAUACUAGCCAAGGCCCAGCUGGAGGUGUCGGAUGCUCUGAAAGACCGCCCACCACCCAUUAUUCAGCACGGGCCAACAAAUCAGACAGUGGCACAGGGCAGCCUGGCCGUUCUCGGCUGUAGGGCGUCUGGAGAACCUGAACCCACGGUCACUUGGCUGAAGGACGGAGUGAGUCUGCUGGCUAAAGAGCCUCGGAUGUCUCUGCUAGAGGCAGGCAGCCUGCAGAUCCAGAAUGUUAAGCUCUCAGAUACGGGUCUGUACACCUGCUUGGCCACCAGCUCAAGUGGAGAGACUUCAUGGAGCGCCUUCUUAGACGUCCGAGAGUCGGCUGAGUUCACAGACUCCGUAUCCCACAACACCACUGCUCUCCCGGGGCCUCCUUCCAAACCAGAGGUCACUAAUGUCACCAAGAGCAGUGUGUCUCUGUCAUGGCGCCCCGGAUCUGAGGAUGCUUCCUCCGUGUCUGCGUAUGUCAUAGAGGCCUUUGGCCAGCUGGUGAGUAACAGCUGGCAGACUGUAGCUGAUCACGUGAAGGACACGCAAUACACUGUCAGAGAGCUCCGACCAAACACCGUCUACGUCUUCAUCAUCAGAGCGGUGAACACACAGGGGGUGGGAGACCCAAGUGCCAUGUCGGAUCCUGUCCGCACUCAGGACAUAAGUCCAGCUGUGCAGGGUGUUGAUCACCGUCAAGUCCAGAAGGAGCUGGGUGAUGUCAUUGUCACUAUGCAUAGCCCCAUAGUGCUUAGCUCCACAUCUGUGCGGGUGACAUGGGCGGUUGAAAAACCUUCCCAGUUCAUCCAAGGAUACCGGGUUCUAUACAGGCAAACUUCAGGCCUACCCUCUCCAGGAGCCUGGCAGAUCCAGGACCUAAAGACGCCGUCGGAGCGGGACGUCACUUUACACAAACUCAAAAAGGGCGUGGUCUACGAGAUAAAGGUUCGGCCGUUCUUCAACGAGUUCCAGGGGGCAGAUAGCGAAUCCAUCACCGCACGCACUUUGGAAGAAGCCCCCAGUGCUCCCCCACAGCAGGUGACUGUGCUGACGGUAGGCAGUGAGAACAGCACGUCCAUUAGCAUUUCCUGGGACCCGCCACCCACCGAACACCAGAACGGCAUCAUCCAGGAAUACAAGAUCUGGUGUCUGGGAAACGAAAGUCGCUUCCACGUGAACAAGACGGUGGAUGCUGCUAUUCGCUCGGUGGUGGUCGGGGGUCUGCAGGCAGGCGUGCAGUAUAGAGUGGAGGUGGCAGCGGGGACCAGCGCAGGCGUCGGGGUAAAAAGCGAGCCACAGCCUAUAGUGAUCGGUGCCGAGUUACAGGAUGUGAUGACCGGAGACGAGGGCAACGGCAGCAUCACGGACGUUCUGAAGCAGCCGGCCUUCAUUGCAGGCCUUGGGGGCGCGUGCUGGAUCGUACUUAUGGGCUUCAGCGCUUGGCUUUACUGGAGGAGGAAGAAAAGGAAAGGCCUGAGCAACUACGCAGUCCAGUCGUUCACCUUCACCCGUGCAGGUACUGGUCAUUUGUCCCAUCCCUUUCUAACUUCCGACGGGUUUGAUGGCACCGUAGGCAUGACGUUCCAACAUGGAGACAGAGGCCUGAUGGGAAGUGGAAGCCGUCCUGGCCUGCUGAAAGCCGGUGACCCAGGCCUUCCUUGGCUUGCUGACUCCUGGCCAUCCACCAGCCUGCCUGCCAACAACGGUUUGGGCGCUGCCAAAGACCCCACUAACUUCGGUCGUGGAGACGUGCUGCCUGCUGUCGGCGGCGAAAAGACGGGCACUAUGCUGUCGGAUGGCGCGAUCUACAGCAGCAUCGACUUUGCCGGCAAGGCCGGCUACAGUAGCCCAGGCAGAGGGAACCAUGCCAGCCCCUAUGCCACUACACAGAUCCUGCAGUCCAACAGCUUCCACGAGCUGGCAGUGGAUCGUCCCGAGCCUCGCUGGAAGGCUUCGCUGCGAGCGCAGCACGAAAUGCCCAGCCUGGGCUACUCGCUCACGGAAAACCGAUCCUGUGCCAAUGGUGGAAAGAACGGGAAAAAGAAGAAAUCAAAAGGAGCGGGUAAAACAGCAAAGCCUAAUGGCUCCUGCUGGGCCAACUUGCCCCUUCCUCCACCACCCAUGAAUCCUUUACCAGGGACAGAGAUGGACCACUAUGCCCCUGAGCAUCGAUCUGAAGGAGGGUAUGAGAGUGACACCUGGGCACCACCCCUCCCUGUUCAGUCAUACCUACACCAGGGCAUGGAGGACGAGCUCGAGGAGGAAGAACGAGUACCCACUCCACCCCUGCGGGGCGUGGCUUCAUCCCCAGCAGCUUUGCCCUACGGCCAGAGUUCCUCGGGUUCAUUGGGAUCCUCACAUCAUGAGGAAAUGCAAUCCAUGCUCCAGGCCCACCUGGAUGAGCUCACUCGUGCUUACCAGUACGAGGUGGCCAAGCAAAGCUGGCAUUUGAAAAGCAGCUCCCAUCCACCCAAGACCCCUGUCCCUCCCAUGGGCUACGUGUCCAGUACAUUAGGAUCAGACAUCCUGACUGAAGGAGAAGAUGAAGAGAGAGACAGUGAAGGCUAUGAGUUGUCCCGACAGCUGUGCGGAAUAGACUAUUCCCCUGGACGCAGCCUGGAAACCGUGGAGGGAACGAUCACAGGACACCCUUACCGAACACAGGCGAGCAGCACUUGCUCCAUCGACGGAGGACUUCUGGAUACUCAGAGCCUGGGUCAUCAACGGUUAUCACAGCCUGCACAAAAACUACGAGUAGAAACCCCAGGGACUGAACCCCACAGGAGGGAGGACAUUGCUGAUUUGCGCGCUCCAUCCUCCGAGCCCCUGCACAGCGUCGGCACACGGCUACACACUUCCUGGGGUGCUGCGGUUUCUGAUCCUCCUGACGAAUGUGUGGUGUCUACGCUGGAACGGCAGCACGCAGCCAACUGGAGCUCCAGAGGCACGCUGGGAUGCGUCUCCCAAAGAGGGUCCAGCACAGAUCAGCGGGACUCUGUAGGACGAGCAUCAGGCGGAACGGAGGCCAGCUACGGACAGCUAUAGUGCCGUGUCGGAGAGAUAAGCCACACUACUCACUGCCCACGCGACUGAAAGCGAGGACGAAGAGAGCGCACCAGAGAAUCAUUGUUCACCCCUGCAAUGUCCAAUGAGCUUCUCCCCCUGGUGUUACACGAGGAGAUGUGGUUUUUUUUUUAUUUGUUCAGUUUUUUUUUUAAACCUCAGAGACCAACACUGAACUGUGAAGCCGAUGUACAGACACGUGUCUCCUGAUGGUGUUCAGCUUGCAGUUUGCUUCUUUGUCUAACUUACUGCGAAACGUCUCACGUCCCUCCCGUCUAUUUUGCCACAAAAAAUGUCCAUCAUUUGGAAAAAAAAUUUUGUUUUUUAAAUCUGAAAUGUAAAAAUCAAACAAAAGUAAUGUCAUUCUUGUAAAUAGCAUUUUGUUUCUUUUUUAGUUUCAUGUUGCUUUGCUAUGCAAACCAAAAUGUUUUUUUUUUAAUUUAUUUAAUGAUUUGUCUCUUAAUGGUCUUUAUCGUGAAUGGAUAAAAACGUGGCGUCACAAGUUCUGAUUUCUGAGUUAUUGUAAAUGAUUGUUUGCACAUUCUUUGGUGAUAAGCACAAAAAUUCUUCAGCGCCUGCUGACGGAGAGAGAGAGAACGAGGGAGAGAGAACGAGGAUGCUACGGAUAUCCUGGCGAGUAUAUUUCUACGAAUCAGCACAGCGAGCUAAAACAGAGAUUUAGGCCGGAAAAGCGUCCGCAGAUAGACGUAUUAUUCCCGGGUUGUUGCGAGGGGAUUCCUGCUCGAGUGAUGGGAGAGAAUCAUAAGCAAGCAUAAAGGACUAUGAAAUGCCAGCUGAGCAGGCCUAAUGCAAACACCUGCCUUUGGUUAUGUGUCAGAUGCAGAGUGGACAGAAUGCUCUAUUGCAGCCUUUUGUGGAUGUUUUCUUUGUUUUUGUUUUUUUUUUCUUUCUCCACAUACACACAGUAUCGCAACUAUUUGCAGACCCUCAUGCAUCCAGCUCACUGCAAGAUUACCUUUUAUUUUAUAGAAAUAUAUAUCUAUAUCUAUAUAUAUAUAUAUAUAUAUAUAUUACCAAGUGACAAUAUGGGACUUCUCUCUGGAUUUAACAGUAUGCGGAUCCUAAAAACAAUACCGUCACCCUGGAUCAUCCUCGAUGCGAGCGAAACCAUAAUGAAAAUAGCAGUUGACAGCUGUUCAUGCUCAACCCCUUAGCAGGUGUGUUUAACCUGCGCAAAUGGAAACGGGUUGAAAUUUGAUGAGGGCAAAAAAACAACAACAAAAAAAAACACAAACUCCUAACAGAAUGGUGACAAUGCCCUUGAAAAAUGGCAGGCCCGUCCCCAAUUAGCAUGGUUAUUUAAUAUUACGCUGUUCAGAAAGCCAUUGUGUAAAAAGAAAAAAAAAAAAAAAAGAAAAAUCAAUCGUUUGUCACAUAUGUCUAAGCUAGAGUGCUACUCUGUGAAGGAAACCGGUUUCAGCACACAUCGGUGCUGCAACAAUGAAAAUGUUCGCUCAGCUUAUGAGCUUCUGGCGUGGAGAUAAAGCUGAGCCUAAAGAGACAAUUCUUCGUGUGUAUGCCGUUUCUCUGACAAUGAAAUCUUUUUUUAUGUUUUUUUUAAAGACUUUUUAUUUAUUAAUUUAUUUUGUGAUGUGCGUUUACUCCACAUGUAUAUAAUAUCUACCCUAAAAGACUCGUCCUACCCUCAGGAAGCCACAUGCACUUGCAAAGUGUGACGAUUUCCGAAUCCAACAAUGAAAUGAAAAUAAAAUCUGUAUGUGAA